AUGGCAAAAAAUAAGAGUCUGAGCCGGCAAAAGGCAGAAAUAAAGGCGCUAGAAUCUAUGGUGGAACACUUAACAGCUUUCGCAAAAACCAAGGCAGUCAUUUUCAAAAGAGCACAUGAACUUUCUAUUACGACGGGGGCCGAAGUUGGUCUUCUUAUCUUCUCCCCAAGUGGAAAACCAUAUACUUAUGGAUCCCCUCAUAAUUUUAAUGCUAUAGCUGAUAGGUUUCUAAAACAGAAACUAUAUGAUAGUGAAAAUCAUUAUUCUGAUGUAGUUGAAUCUAAUUCCAAUAAGGAAUUUGAAAGGUUGAUGAUACAGAAGGAAAAACUGGAGAAACUUUUGGAUAUCAUUCAAGAAAUCCAGAAUCGUAGCACAACGGGCAAUUCUAUUGCUCUUCAUCCAUCUUCAUCUGAAGAACAUUGUGUGAUGAAUGAUUUGACUGUUGUUGGUGACCUUGACGACGAGGAAACCUCUGCAGCUGAUUAA